CACGUCUCUAUCCCUUAUGAUCACACGUUGUUAAGAUAUCUCACCAUUUCUCUAUAUUACUAUAUUAUUAUUAUUAUUAUUACAUAUGAAACUAUAUUUGGACCUUCAAGGAUUCUCUCGACAGCUCCCUUCCCUCUCCAACCUUUUGAUUAAUUAUUUAAUCUUCGCUCCCCUCCCUCUCCAACCUUUUGAUUAAUUAUCUAAUCUUCGCCCCCUUCCUUGACCAUUUACGUACUUUCGGCUCUCCUUGUGAUUAAUUUAAUUUCUCGUCUUUUUUCUUUCUUUUACUUUUCUUGUUAGUUGUUCCUUCACCACCAGCUAGCACAUCAUUUCUUCUUCAUAUCAGAGGAAAUUUAGGGGGAUGAAGAUGAUCAAAACUGAAGGAAGAGGCAAAAUGAUCACAGAAACCAACAGUUCAAAGGGACCAAUAAAACUUGGAAACCUAUUGCAGUCUGACCCGAAUGAUACCCAUGAAGAACACUCCUUCCGUUUCAGCAAUGCUUCUUCUGAACCAGUUCCUUCUAAUUUCCAUGGACCUGAUCCUCUAACAAACCUCUAUAGCUCUCCUCCAGACCCGCUCUCAUGGCAGCAAUUCUCUCCACUUUGGGCACCUCCAUGGGACCAAACACCUCCGUCAUCAAAGUCUCCAUGGUCCUCCCAUGUCUCUCAGCCUUGUUCUAACUGUUCUUCCAUCAGCCUAAUCGGCUCCCUUGUCCGCGAAGAAGGCCACGUAUAUUCAUUAGCCGCUUGUCGUAAUCUGUUAUACACGGGAUCUGACAGCAAGAACAUCCGGGUAUGGAAGGACCAGGAAGAAUUUUCAGGGUUCAAGUCCAACAGUGGCCUGGUUAAAGCCAUUGUUAUUGCGGGUGAAAGGAUCUUCACCGGUCACCAAGAUGGCAAAAUCCGCUCGUGGAAGGUUUCUUUGAAGAACCCUGGCGUGCACAAACGGGUUGGAACUCUACCAACGUUGAAGGAUUACGUGAAAAGCUCCAUCAACCCUGGCAAUUACGUUGAAGUGAGAAGAAACCGUAAUGAGGUCUGGUUCAAACACUUCGACGCCAUUUCGAGCCUCAGCUUGAGCGAAGACCGGACCCUCUUGUACUCGGCUUGCUGGGACAAAACGGUGAAGGUUUGGAGGAUUUCGAACUCCAAGUGCCUGGAAUCGAUCAAGGUUCAUGACGAUGCAGUAAACUCGGUUGUCGCCGGCUUUGAUGGAUUAGUCUUCACGGGCUCGGCCGAUGGAACUGUCAAAGUAUGGCGAAGGGAGAUGCAAGGCAAGCGGACCAAACACUUCUUCUCGCAGACUCUUCUCAAGCAAGACCCUGCGGUGACUGCAUUGGUGAUUAACCCAUCGGUCGAAGUUCUCUACAGCGGCUCGUCGGACGGGCUCGUCAACUUCUGGGAGCGGGAAAACUUCCUCUCCCAUGGCGGCGUCCUGAGAGGCCACAAGCUGGCGGUUCUGUGCUUGGCUGCGGCGGGGAACUUGGUUUUCAGUGGCUCGGCUGACACGAAAAUAUGCGUGUGGAUGAGAGAGCUAGGGGGCGAUCAUGUGUGCUUGUCUGUGCUGACCGGCCACGGCGGUCCGGUGAAGUGCUUGGCGGUGGAAGAGGACCGGCAAGGAGGGGAGGGUGACCGGUGUUGCAUUGUGUACAGUGGCAGCCUCGACAAGUCGGUGAAGAUUUGGAGAGUCUCGCCAGAAAUGUCAGGGAAAGAAAUUUAAAUUUAACUUCGUGAAUAUUUGAUUAUUAAAUUGUGACGAUUGGCAUUUCCUUGUGCCAGUGGCGGCCCCGACAAGCCGGCGAAGAUUGGGAAGUCUCGCCGGAAAUGUUGGGCAUGGACAGGCAACCACCGGCGGAAGAAGUUUAAGUGUAACAAUUGAUCGAUACAAGAUGAAACAAACCCUGAUGGAGGGAUUAUGUAAUAUUAAGAAAGAAAAAAAUUAGGUUGUAAAGGCUUUUAAGUUUUAAUUUUUGUUGUAUAUAUUGGUGUACUUCUCAUUGAUUGUUUGAUUGAAAGUGAUAUUCAAACUUAAUUGUAAUCUUUAACGUAUGAACAAAGAUGAUUUCCCCUGCGAAAUUGUUGGUUGCAUGA